AUGAAUAAUAGUAGAGACGAAAAUAACAGCGACCAAUCCACGGCAGGUCGAUCCUACAAUAAGCAAAAGUCGCACGUAAAGAGAAAAGUUCGACGUUCAAUAAAUCUCAAUGCUCGAUCUCACUCGACUCAAAUUGGUCAAUCAACUUCCUCACGUCAAACUUCGUCACCAAGCUUGUCCCUAGCGUCCUCGAGAUCGCAUUUCACGCCGCGCAUCAUUCAUUUGUGGAUAAAAAAUCUGGAGUCCAUUGCGUAUCUGACGCACGAACUAAAUGAAAGGCUUAAUUCCGACUUUGUUUCUUCGGAGUGGGUUCAGCACCGGGAGGAGAUGAAGAAAGCGAAUCCUAUGUCCGCACAUUCGAAAUUCAAAGACCGUGAGGUGCUCUUGAUCACAAGUUACCUGAACGAUUGCGAAUUCUCUAUCGAACUAGUUCAAGCCCUCAGAAAUUUUCCAAAUAACAAGAGCGCAAUCGCGUUUAGGCCGCCAGUGCGUGUGAAAGGAUUGUGGGAUUCGCUCUCCAAGAAUGAAAGCUUAACAAAAUCCCAUAAAAAAAAUGUGAAUCGAAAUUUAGGGUCUCUUGGAAACCUCCCAUCGCGGGAAAAAAACAUGCUGCAGCAAGCUUACGAGACCAUUACCAAGUUAGAAGAGAGAUAUACCGGAUUUGAUCCGCAAUACGAAGAAUUGUGGGACGCGAAUGUUAAAGUCGAGGUAGACGCGUCACCAUAUUCCGUAUUUAAUGAUGUGGACAACGAGAAAUUGCCCGUUUUGGAGGCAAGGCAAAUUGAUUUCACCUUCGAGAAUCUAAUACAUUGGGAUGUUGAUGAACCUGAUGAGGAUUAUAAUUAUGGAUGCACUUGUGAAGAUAAUUGUAAGGUAACGGUAGCAACAGCACAGCUUGGUAGACGUGAUCAGGUUCAUCAGGUUCAACACUUGACAUCAUACUCCCUUAUUAGAAUGUGGAUGAGUGUACUUGCGUUCAGCACAUAG